AAAAUCAAGCAAGAACGAGAUGAGGCUGUCAAAAAACUGGAGGAGUUUCAGAAAAUUUCUCACAUGGUUAUUGAGGAAGUAAACUGUAUUCAGAACCAUCUUGAAAUUGAGAAGACGUGCCGUGAAAGUGCUGAGGCUUUGGCUUCUAAGCUGAACAAAGAAAAUAAGACCUUGAAAAGAAUCAGUAUGCUUUAUAUGGCAAAACUGGGCCCAGAAAUUAUCACUGAGGAGAUUAACAUUGAUGAAGAUGAUUCAUCCACAGAUACAGAAGCUAACUCUGGAUCAUGCAAUUCUGUGCAUUGUCAGCAGCAAAUAAAAGAGCUGCGAGAUCAAAUCAUAUCUCUUCAUGAGGAAAAGAAGACCUUAACCAUUGAACUGGAAAACCUGAGGUGCAAACUUGUAGAAGUAAUUGAAGAAGUGAAUAAAGUGAAAGAAGAAAAGGCUGUUUUGACAACAGAAGUUAAUAAGCAGCAAAAACUGUUGGAGAAAUGUAACAGAGUGUCUGUGCUGGCAGUAGAGGAGUAUGAAGAGCUUCAUGUAAACUUUGAACUGGAAAAGAACCUGCGGAAGAAAGCAGAGUCGUUUGCACAAGAGAUGUUUAUUGAACAAAACAAGAUGAAAAGGCAAAGUCAGUUGCUUCUGCAAAAUUCUGCUCCUGAUCAACAGCUUUUGAAGGCUUUGGAUGACAAUGCUAAGCUAACCCACAUAUUAGAAGAAGAGAGGCUUCAACACCAACAAAAGAUCAAAGAAUUGGAAGAGCAGCUAGAGAAUCAAGCACUGCAUAAGGAGAUUAGUCGUCUUAAACAGCAACUAGAACUUUUGGAAGAAGACAAAAAGGAGCUAGAGCUUAGGUGUCAGAACUCAGAAGAAAAAGCUAGAGACCUAAAGCAUUCAGUUGAUGAACUUCAAAAACGAAUACAGCAGUCUGAAAAUCCUCCACCACCUCCUCCACCACCACCUCCUCCUCCUCUUCCUCCUCCCCCUCCUCCUAACCCUAUACGGUCUCUCAUGUCAAUGAUUCGCAAGAGAUCUCACUCUAACACCAACGUCAGCAAGAAGGAGAAACCUCCUCAGCAGGAGUCAGGUGAAGAAGUUACGGAUCUGAAGAGACAAGCUGUUGAAGAAAUGAUGGACAGAAUUAAAAAGGGAGUUCAUCUGAGACCAGUCAACCAGUCAAGCAGACCUAAAACAAAGCCAGAAACACCAAAGCCCUCUGAAAGUGCAAUGAAAGAAUUAAAAGGGAUUCUGGAGACAUUGAACAAAUCCACUAGUUCCCGAAGCUUGAAGUCCCUUGAAACAGACAGCAGCGAAACAGAGCUGGAACGAGUUCUGCGACGCCGGAAAGUGACCACUGACCAGGACAGUGGCAGUCCCACUGGAAUCUUGGCCACAUCAGAAUCAAAAUCUCUGCCUGUGCUAGGUUCGGGAGCCAGUGCCGCGCAAACAGCGUUGAACAAGAAAGACCUGGAGCCAGAAUUCAGUUCCAAAGUACCUGACUCGGGUCCUGUCUCUAACCAGCUUAAGGGUGUCACAGACUCCAAACCUACAUCACAAUCAACUAGUCAUACCGAAUUCACAAGAAAAGCUUCUAGCAGUGAAAAAGAGACAGAAUCCAUUGUAGUUUUAGAUCCUGUUUCCACCAAGGGGGAUCAGAUGUCUGAAAACACGCUGAAUCAGAACAAAAUGAAAGAGGAAAAAAGCAAGCUGCUGCAUAAAGAAAAUAAUGCUGAGAAAAGAAAAGAAACAGACAGUUCUAACUGUUAAUUGUUAUUCUGAAAGGCUGUAACUUUUGGGAAUCAUUAUCUGGACAUGUAAGUUGCUUAGGUGUGUUUCUAGGGGCUAUGGUCUGUACUCCAAACCGUUUUCAAUAACAUAGAUUGAAAUGGUCUUUUGUAUGCAGUUUUGUUACAUGCAUUAAAGUGUUAAAUAACUACGUAUCACUCAAAAUCCCUUUCCCAUUUUAAUUUUGCAGGUAUGGUUAAUAUUUUCUUAGAUAGUGUCAGUUAACCUUUUCUUUAAAACUGUAUUUGAAAAGGCUUUUUUAAUUAUUCUUUUGUUGAGAAGAUACCUUGUUAAAGGUCCAUUCUAAAGCUUGCCAGAAGCCCCUUGCAUCCCUCUUGAACUGGUCGGGUUUGGGUU